AAAUUCACAAAGUGGGCGACACCUACUGUCAAAUUUGAAUACUAGUAUAGAGGUGAACAACAAACAAAAAUUAGUAUUAUUUGUCGUUUUUGUAUAGUUUGGUAUAAAUUUUGAAGGAAAAUGCAGUCUGUUCAUAAAACAGUAGACACCAAAUCUAGAAAAAUAUGUUCAGUGCCUCAAUGUUCAUCAUAUUGUACAGCAGAUGUUUCAUUGCAUGCUUUUCCUAAAGAUCCUAAGCUAUGUAAAAUCUGGCAAAACAUAUUGAAAAUUGGAAAGCCGAUAACAAAAUAUAUGUUAGUUUGUAGCCUGCAUUUUACAGAAAAUGAUUUCACUAUAGCAACAAAUAAGCGACGUCGGUUAAAGAAACUAGUACUUCCUAGUCAAAAAAUCCCAAAGACGAGCCAUUCAUUAAAAAAGAAAAUAAAGUCCAGAUCGGAGCGACAUUGGCUACAAAAAUGCACAUUAAAUGUUGAUGAAAAUGUAGAAGUAGAAGAGCAUGAAAUUUCGCUAGAAGUUGAUGCUCAAUGUGUCAGUGAAGCAAAAGAACAUGCUACUCAACUUGCUAGAACUGUUGAUGAACCAAAAACCUUAAUUAGUGCUAGCACGUAUGAAGCUCAACAUUCACUUAUAUUUUAUAAAGAUGCCUCAACAGAAACAAAUUUCAGUGACUUUUUUGAAUUGCCUCAAAUUUUAAAUACAGAUGAGAAAUUGAUUAAUUUUACUGGGAUUAAUUUUGAUAUAUUAAAUACAAUUACAAAAUGUACUGAGAAAACAGCUACUUUUAACAAGUGCCUCUGGAAAGACAUCAGGACAAGACUAAUUUUGUGUCUCUGCAAAUUGAAAAUGAAUAUUUCAUUUGUAUGUUUGGCUACUUUAUUUAAAGUAAGUAAAAGUAUGUGUAGGAAUAUGUUCUACUCCACUAUAAGUCUCCUGGCCGUCAGCUUAAAACCGGGUAUAUAUUGGCCAAGUAAGGAGGAGAUCUUAAGUAAUAUGCCAAAGUGUUUCGACAAAUAUAGAGAUACCCGAGUUGUCCUUGACUGUACAGAGCUGAAAAUUCAAAAACUGAAAUGUUUAAAAUGUAGAGUCAGGACGUACUCCCAUUACAAGGGAACACAUACUAUCAAGUAUCUAAUAGGAAUAACCCCAUCGGGAUUAAUAUCCUUUAUCAGUGCUGGAUAUGGUGGUCGCACUACAGAUAAAGCAAUUUUUAAUUAUGAAAACGUUAUUGAUAAAAUUGAUAUGUAUGAUGCAGUUAUGGUUGACAAGGGUAUUUUAAUUCAAAAGGAAUGCGAGGAAAAAUUGGUGAAAUUAAUUAGGCCACCUUUUCUAAGGAAACAGAAGCAGUUUUCAAAAGAAGAUGCUGAGGCUACAGCUGAUAUUGCUCGUGCCCGAGUGCAUGUAGAAAGGGCUAUACAAAGAAUAAAAGUGUUUAAAAUCUUGAGCGAACAGUUUAAUUGGUAUUUAUUACCAUAUGUGGAUGAUAUAAUGACUGUAAUCGCAUCAGUUGUAAAUUUAUCAACACCGAUACUAGCAGACAAUAAAAUUCGUGAAUGACUUAA